AUGGGUAUCAAUAGCCUUCUCGAGCAGGCCGAAGCUGUCCCUGUCAAGCUCGCGAAUGGCAGCUCCAACGACAUCAUGGCGUCCAUGGGAUUCUUAUUUAAAAAGGUUAAUCCCUCUGUUUUGGAUCCACAUGGAGAACACUCUUGUUUCCUUGUUGAUUGUUGCCUUCAUCCCUGCCUCGAGAACAGCAAAAAGACGGGUGGUGUUACAAAAGAUGUUAUUUUAUAUUCAACUGUGAUAAAAAGGAUCCUUACAAUUAUACAAGAUUUUUCAUAUAGUUUAAAAGCAGAAAGUCAACAACUUGUUAUUGACUACGUCUUUCGGUCGUGGGACUUCACGGCCGAAGUGGUAAGCGAUAUAAUAUUAUUUGAUCUCGUGGAAUCCCCGUAUCGAUGGCCUACACAUGUGAAUUUUACAUUGUCUUGCUUAUCUUCCGAAGUAAGCGACGUCAGAAAUGCUGUCAAGGACCGAUUGUUUCCUAAAUUAAUUAGAACAAAGCUACUCAAAGAGGAGUUUUUGCCACUAGUUAUAGAGCAAAUGAAAGCAUCCUCAGCCGGACACACCCAUUUUUCUGAUGAUGAUCUACAACUUAUUCGAGUGUUUGUAACGACAAACAUGGUUGAACAAACACCAGCAAUACGACAGAAAAUCCUUGCAGGGCUGAGGAAGGUCUCUUUUGAAACAUUCACUACAGCAUUACCGCAAAUUUCCCUCUUUAUCAGUUUACAUUCUCAUAGCGUUUCUUUGCCGAUGGCUGAGACGAGUGAGCAGAUCUUGAAAGGGAGAGGCGGUGAUAUCGGACAAGUUGAGAGAUACAACGAUUUUAUCAGGACUAUCUUACAACUGUCGUUUGAAUCUCUGUCACCUGGAGCUAACUUUUGUCGACGUAUCAUGGCCCUGUCCAUUCUGCAGUGUUUUUACGUUGAGGACACAAUGCGGCCACAUGGGAAAACAAUGUUCUUUGAUCAGCUUACUCUAACGAAAACUAUAACGCCUCAUCAGUUCGCUGCAUUGGUUUCCUGUCUCGAUGAUUCCUUCCAGUUGUGUCAGAUAUCAGCUUUGGAAAUUCUCAAAAAACUCCCUGUUGUGGAAGGAUUUGACUUCCACGCUUUCAAAUGUGGAAACUGUAGAGAUGUGAUGGAUCGAUUCGCUCCCGCCACAAUUAACAUUAGCGAUUGGUGUAUAGAAUGCAGCUCGGAACUUCAACAGUGGUGGAUACCGUUCUUACAGAAGCGUCUGAUUCCUCUAUGCUUCGAUGUGGCUGCAGUGGUGACACCAGUGGUACACUCAAUGUCGCCCGAGGGCUAUAUUCCAGAAGAAGCACUGGAGAAAAAUGGGUCCAAUUCUGCAACGAGCGGAGAUUGCGUUCAGAUGGCGGGCGAGGUGUCGCAACUACUACUGGUUUGUUGCUGGAGGGCUCAUAAACACGUAUCGGCAAUUCUUGCGUGGGCAGUGGUGGAGUGCUGCCCACAUUCCAUGCUCACAUCUGAAGAUGUUUGUCGCAUUGGCGAUUUUUAUUGGUUGCAGCUUACAGAAUGCAAACAUUGCGGAGCCUUCGAAACCGCAGUGGAAGGGUCUGUUUUAGGUUUCUUUGCAUGGGUGUGA